AUGAGUCGAUCCGUUAAGUUGCGAUUCUCGAGAUCGCUGACAACGUUUGUUGCGAUCAUCUUUCUCGCCAAUGUCUUCCCCACAGUUCUUGCGUUACGAACCUCGCCCAAUUCACCAUGCGCUGAUGUCUGCGGUACAUCGACCAACACGACCACAUCCCAGAAGAAAGGCCAGGCGUUCGAAAAAUGUGUCAGCUGUCUGCUGGAGAGUAGCUAUGCGGAUCGAACAAGUGGAAAUACCGAUGUAAACUGGGGGCUCUAUAACCUACGCUAUGCAGUGUCCGAGUGCGUCUUUGGUUAUCCUGACUCAUUCUCCAAUAUCUCCUCGCCCUGCCCAGUAUCCUGCGAGCCGAUCCGUCCUGCCGUUGAGACCAACAUGAAAGAUCCAAGUCCGGAGAAUUUCAAUUCAUGGUGCGGAACAUCGACAUUCGCCGAUAAUGUCGUGAACUCGUGCGAAUUCUGCUAUAACUUGACCGCUACUCAGAACCAAAAACAAGUCUACUUAGCCAACUACCUCGAAUCCAUCCGUUACAACUGCCACUUCGAAACCGUAACAGGCAGCCCAUUCGACAUCGCUCCAUCGCGAAUCUUCACAUCCGUCCUCCUCCCCUCAAGCAUGUCGCUCAGCACGCCCAGCGCCAGCAACUCCGGUGUGAAUCUCCCUCUCGUAAUCGCCCUCCCAAUCAUAGGGUUCCUCGUGAUUCUUAUCGGUUUAUCCGUAUGUUGUUUCUUCUUCAUUCGCUGGCGACGCAAGAGCAACCGCCGCGGCCGACACCAAAGCCACAUGUGGAACACACCUCAGUCGAAUCAACAAUCCUGGGCCGCGGAAGAGAUGUAUGCCGCAGGUUUUGGGGGAGGCGUCGGACAUGGACUUGGCUUCGUGGACACUGAUGGCCGUGGACACGAGGUUGGCUAUGGAUAUGAUUAUUCCGAUCAGCCCUCAGCGAGCCAGUUUCCGCAGCAGUAUGCGGAUCACACGAGUUAUUCUGAAUACUCGAAGGGCGCUGCUCAGCAGCAAAUUACCGAGGAUAUUCCCUUGCAGUCACCACCUAUUCCUCAGCCUUAUUCGAUGCAGGGUGGGUUGCAGUCACCGCCUAUUCCUCAGCCUUAUGCGAUGCAGGGUGGCUUGCAGACGUAUGACCCUGAUCAGAAGCGGCCUUUGUAA